AUGCUUCUCACACGCUCUGUAAACAACGAUGGUGCUACGCCUCUUCACCUGGCGGCAUCAAAUGGGCAUUUGGGUAUUGUCGACUGGAUCUCCAAGAGACCAGACUUGGAUCUGAAUCGGCAGGACAAAUCCGGAUGUACGUGUGUGGAACGGGCGGCAAAAGCAGGGCACGCUGAAGUUGUCAGUUUGCUCCUGGAUAAUCCGAAUAUGACGGUCGACUGGAACUCCAACCAAAGGUCAAACCCCCUUUGUCUUGCGGCCGAGUAUGGCCAUGAAGCCACGGUAAGGGUGAUACUCGAGCGUCACGGACACAGAAUCAGCGUCAAUUCCCAAGCCGCAUAUGGUAUCACAGCUCUCACCUUUUCGGUGCUUCGUGGCCGUAUGGCCAUCACCGACCUGUUGAUUCAGCAGAAAGGAGUCAACGUCAAUGCGGAAGAUCAUUUGGGCAACAGCACAUUGCACAUGGCUGCCGUAUGUAUCGCGGACAAGACGAUGGUUCAGCUCCUCCUUGAGCAUCCAGCAACAGACGCCAAUCUGGGCAACUGCAAGAAAACGACUCCUCUCAUCAAAGCAGUACAAGUAAACCACGACUGGGCGGUCGAAUUCUUACUGAAAUGGCAUGCCAUUGAGCCUGACAAGAAGGAUUACUGGGGAAUGACUGCUCUCUCAUGGGCCGCAUUCUUGGGCCGCAAGAAGAUGGUUGAAAGGCUGCUUGAACUAGAAGAGGUUGAUCCUAAUUCGCUGGACGAGGACGGCUUGACGCCUCUCGCCCUCUGCAUGCAAAUGGGGUGGCCGGACGUGGCCGAGGUUCUUCUCAAACACCCCGAUGUCGAUGUUAACGCGGAGGACGAUUGGGGCUGGACGCCGCUCGCCCAUGCCAAAAACGCCCCAAGAAGCAAGUCUGUUCCUUUAAUGAGGCUUCUAACCCAGCACGGAGCAACCAUGACGCUCCACGCAGAGAUGAUUGUCAUGUACAACGCAUUGGUCGAUUCUGAUAUUGCCAUAAGCUUAGUGGAAUCGAUAAUCAAGUGCAAGAACAUCGAGGCAUAUAUGACAGAGCGUUUUGGGCGAGAAAAGACCGAAUUGGCCAUGAUUGAUGGCGAACGAGGCGUGCGAGCGCUUCUCUUCCGGGAUACUCGGGCCGCGAGGAUGAGAAGGGAUGGGAUAGAGGGGAUGCUUUGCUUAGAAGGUUAGUCCUUUGAGUAUCUGAUACUGUCGCUAUAUUCUGCUACUAUCCGCUGUUAUAGAUAUAUAUAUCCACUUUCUGCUACCAUCG